AUAAUUACGUAGCAACACAUCGAUUUUCAGUCAUUGAAGUCAUUCAGGCCGAAAUGGGGGUGCUGUCAAUUCGAUUAAAACCCAAUUUUUUGGGUUUAUUGCGAUCUUUGAACAGUAUAAACUGGUUUAUUGUGUUUUUUAGCUUAAUUAACUUAUCGGAAUGUAUUUACGAGGAUCAAAUCGGCAAAUUCGAUUGGCGUCAAACCUAUGUCGGGAGGAUUAAGUUUUCGCAAUUCGACACAGUUUCAACUGCGAAGAAAAUAAUUGUCGCUACGGAAGAGAAUGUACUUGCGGCUUUGAAUUUGAAGACGGGUCAAGUGGUAUGGCGCCAUGUAUUCGAGUCUGCGUCUGCGGGAAAUAUCCAGUUACUCCAUGUCAGCGAGAAAGUGGUGACGGUGACAGGAGCCAACCCAUACCUUGUGCGGGGAUGGGAUUCUAAUACUGGUAUUCUGCUCUGGGAAUGGUCCCUCACACUCCAGAAUGAUGACCAGGCCGUGUUCUCCGAGUGGUGGGUGCAAAACAACAUGUUGGUGCACAUGUUGCCUGUGUUCGGCUCACAGAUUGAGGUCACCAUGUACAACUUGAUGACAGGACAGAAUAGAGGGUCGACUUCCAAGUUACCAGCCCUCUGGACUAAUGAUGGCUGCCUCCUGGCUGCGCCGCAUUAUGUCUGUGCUUCCGGAAAAAUGGGCAGCAAUCUCCUCAUCUCGCUCGACGUCACCUCCCAAGCCGUCCAGAUCAUCAGCAAGCCAGUCUCCAAUUACAUUGACAUUGAAAAGUAUACCGGCAACAUCCGACCAUUGGACGGUAACAGUGUGCUGCCCGGCUUUAUACUUGAAGAUUCCAAGAUAGUCCUGAUCAGAGACCAUGAGUUUGAGGUGCUCAAUGUGCCGCUGGCUCAUCCAUUGGCGAGUGUGGCGAUUGUUGAGGGACCUAGUGGAUCAAUAGUCCUGCAAGUUUGGGGUGAUAGUGUUAAGGGUCUGUCGAUGUGUGCCCACUUGCUGUCCGGCGCGGAGGUGGCGGGCGUGCACGCGGAGCCGGGCGCGUACGUGCCGGAGCCGACACUCGCCGGCGCGCUGUGUGCGCGCGGAGCACGCGAGCAGCUCGCCUGCCGCCUGCUGCUCGUGGCCGAGGACGACGCGGCGCUGCUAGUGCAGCAAGGAGGUCGCGUGCUAUGGACGCGCGAGGAGGCGCUGGCGAACGUGGUGGCGGCGCAGUUCGUGGAUCUGCCGGUGUCGGACCUCGACGCCGCCAUCGAGGCGGAGUUCGACCACAAGGAAGCUGCCAAGAUGUAUGGUUCGGUGUGGGGAGCGUUCAUUCGACGCCUCCGCACGCAGUACCAGCAGCUGCAGACGCUGCUGCGGGGGCUGAGCGGCGAGCGCGCCACGAGCGAGCCCUCGCCGCUCGUGCGCGACUACUUCAACCUGCACAAGAUCAUCGUGCUGGUCACCCGCGCGGGCAAGAUUUUUGGCAUGGACAACUUGUCGGGCGCGCUCCUCUGGCAGCGCUACGAGCCGCGGCUGGACGCGGAGGCCGCGCGCAUGUUCGUGCGCCGCGCCGCGCGCCACCCGCCGCACGACGCCUGCCUCACUGUUGUCGGCAAGCAGGAUAACGGCAACGGGCUGGUGAUCAACUUGAACCCUAUCCGCGGCACACCGACGGGCGAGGGCACGGUGCCGCUGGACGCGCGGCUGCUGCAGGCCGCCGUGCUGCCGCAGCCCGACCGCGACGGCCUGCACGCGCUGCUGCUGCUGGACGCCGACGAGACGGUGCAGAUUUUCCCGUUAUCCGCGGCGCCGCUAGUCGAGAACAUGUUUAUCUACGUAGCGGAUAGAAAUACGGCCAAGGUUCAGGGCUACGCUCUCCGAUAUGACGGAAAGAGUGUAGUAGCGGAGAAGACUUGGUCGCUGAACCUCGGCGGGAGUGAAGGCUCCGGGCACCGCAUCGUGUCGGUGGUGGGCAAGCGGGCCGACGAGCGCGUGCACUCGCCCGGCCGGGUGCUGGGAGACCGCUCCGUGCUCUACAAGUACUCCAACCCCAACCUCGUGCUGUUCAUCUCCGAGGGCCCGGACCCGCUGCACAAGGACGUAGUGGUAGCGACGUUGGUGGACGGCGUGUCGGGCGCGGUGGUGGCGGCGCAGACGCAGCGCCGCGCGCGCGCCGAGCCGCUCGCCGUGCACUCCGACAACUUCGUCGCCUACGUCUACUACAGCGACCGCCAGCGACGCUACGAAGUCUCAACCAUGGAGCUGUACGAGGGCAAGCAGCGCUGGCUGCCGGCCGGCGCGGCGUUCAGCUCGCUGCGCUCGGAGCGCGCGCCGUCGGUGGAGCGGCAGACCUACAUCCUCACCGCCGCACCCACCGCCGCCGCCACCACGCACACCGAGCGCUCGCUCACCGACAAGCACGUGCUGCUGGCAUUAUCGACGGGCGCGAUAGUGGAGCUACCGUGGGCGUUCCUAGAACCGCGGCGGUCGGCAACGCUGAGCCCGGAGCAGCGCGAGGAGGGCCUCAUCCCGUACGCGCCCGAGCUGCCGCUGCCGGCCGAGGCCGUCGUCAACUACAACCGCUCGCUGCACCGCGUCACGGCGCUAUACACUGAGGCUGCCGGUCUCGAGAGCACCAGCUUAGUGCUCGCCACUGGACUAGAUCUCUUCUACACGCGAGUGGCGCCCUCAAAAACAUUUGAUCUCCUGAAAGACGACUUCGACUACUAUCUGAUCACGCUGGUGCUCGCCGGCCUCAUCGUCGCCACCUACAGCUCCAAAUACUUCGCCUCACGGAAAACCUUAAAAAACGCGUGGAAGUGAUGCGGUGUAAAGAAAUUUUGACUGUAUAGUUGGAGCGUUAGGGUUGAAAUUUGAAUGAUAGUAUGGAUUCAUAUUUUGAGCGUCCGUAUUGAUAUUCAUUAUGACGCGCAAGUAAUUGGACUGUAUAUGUAAUCCCUCAGUUAGGGAAAUAUCAAAUAGGGUCAGGUUAGUAGGUGUAAUCCUUGUGAUGCAUCGACGGGUAGUUUGUAAGAUAUAAACUACUCAAUGUUUCUCCGUUUUGUUACCCAGUAAUAGUAAGUAAAUUGACUUUGCACCAGCAGAGCCAAGCAGUUCGAUAGUGCGCAGUGUGCAAUAUUUAUUAUUAAUAUUAAAUAAAUUCUAAAUAUUCCUUAUACUCAAAAAUAACACUUUCAUAUACAUUAUCAAUGAAUAGUAUUUAUAGCAUACAUGGUCGACUAUAGCAUUACUGAGCACUGUUCAAAACACCAAAUCACCUAGUCUAACAAAGCCAUAUAACUUCAUGUACAAUAAGUACUUUAAACAUAUUGUUAUAAAGUUUGAUAAAAUUAAGCCUCACGACGGUGCAUUUACUUUGAAAUAACACUGCCAUCUAUACAGUCCAGAUUUCAUUUUCAAAGCAAAGUAUAAGUUUAACCGUAAGUGUUCCACAAAUUCAAGUUAAGAGUGUAUAAUAUAUUCACUUGUUGUAGUAUAGGCAAUUUCAUGGUCACAGUGGAAGCUAUGGACUAAUUCGGGGCGAAGCGAUAUUGAAAAAGAUGAGCGUUGUAUAAUGGGGCACAAUUCGACAUUGUUUUUUGGCGGAACGAAUCGUAAUCAUUAAUCUUGUUAAUUAUUUGUAUAUCAGUAGAUUGGUCAUAUCAUACGGCCAGGCCUUUUAUUUUCUAUGAAUUCGAAUUGUUUGUAUCGUUGUUCUACUUUCGUUAAUGUUACACGUUUGUCACCUUGUCGGUGACAAGUUGUCAUAGCCAAUAAAAUAGGGCAGUAGCUUGGAUGCCAAAAGAUGGCGCGUGCUAGUAAAUAGUACAGUUGCAAGCAACAUGAAAUGUAUUUUACCCUAGGCUAGACAGCAGCUUGCACUAACGUAACUAUCUACAGUAUCCUUCUACCGAUGGGUGCACACGCCAUCCACUUGCACACUGCUCAAUUUCCCAAUGAGACAGUAAGUAAUACACGAACUUAAAUACCCGAGACCCAGGAAAUAAUUGUGCGUAACAUGAAUAUUUGCAUGCCUACUGGUAGGUAUGUGUAUCUCCGGCUUAAAACAAGCUGAAUUGAGCCCCUCACAUGAUAUGGCCUUAUAUAGUAGCUGCCAAAAAACGAUAAAAGCAUGUGACAUUUUAGUAUCAGUUUUUAUAAACAAUAUACUUAGUAAAAUUGUAAUGGUUUAGCUAGCCCAAUUUAAGAAUGUUUAGUUUAAGCUAUUUACUAUUAUUGACCUUAAAAAAAAUAUUGGUUCCGAAUAGACAAAUAUUUAAUUUACUUUGCUAUCCAUUCCAAUAUGGUCCUAAUAUCUACUGAUUUAAGUAGUCAUAUUUUAAUUUGUGUGUUAGCACUUCUGACUAUCUUGUAUCUAAUAUAUCUUUAAAGAAAUGUUUAGGAUACACGCACAGUCUUAACUAUCCUGCCUAGCUAGAUCGACUGUUCGUUUUAAUACUGCUCAUACAUAUUCGCCCAUUUUAAAAGAUAUUAACAUACUUUUUCCAUCUUAUAAUGAUAGAUUUUGCUAAAACCCACUAUUUUUUUAAAUCAUGAUGUCGAAACAGACCUUGACUGACAUUCUGUGAUUCGGGCUGCGCCGCAGUAAUUUAAAUUUUUUGAAUCUUGUUUGUAGCUCGAUCCCUAUUAAGGUAAUCAUGGUAAUUAAGUCCCAUUAAUAAACUUCCUGUCGAAAUUUGAGAGUUGUAGAAUAUACAAUGGUAAAAUAUUUAUGAGCGGUAUCAUGGUUUCGUAGUUGUAUGGGUGAUUAAGACGGUCUUCUUAUUUUAUUUUAUUGUAUUCUUGAAGUUAUGUUAUAAUCCCAAUAUAAAUCAAUUUAAAUUAUUCUCAACCGAUAGCGAUUAUUCUUAGUCAAGUGCGGAAGAAGCACUUAAAAAUAAUGAAAUGGUUAAAUUAACGUAACUUCUAGAUUAAGAUUAUUAUUGGGAUCACUGUUAGUAUAUUGCGAUGGUUAUACUUUGCUUAUUAGGCUCCUGUUCCAUAUUUUCAUAUAAACAAAGAAUAAUUAGAUUGCACUGAUUUUUUUGUUUACUUUCUAUACUUACAGUCUAUAUACUUAUAAAUACUAAAAACAUAGUGUAACUAAAUAUCACUAUUGCUCACACAAUAUGUUGUUUUAGUGGUUAAGGUUAAGUAUUACGAAUUUGUUUAUUUAUGAAUUGUUUUUACGUUAAAUAAUUACGAUUAA